AUGCUCGUUAAUCAACUGAAACGCAUCCAAGACGUUGAAAACUCCAACGAUGCGGAGUCGGAAUCGAUUUUCAGGCCAUUUGGCCCCUCAGAAAUGAGUCCUUUCCAUACCGCACCUCGUCCUAGUACAUAUGGAAAGAGUCCUGAAGCAGACGAAGUGCCUUCUAUUGAAUUUCUGUCUUGUGAUCAGUCUGCAACAGAUAAAUCAGACUCCCAUUCAGCAUAUUUAGCUUUUUCACCCAAUGUCGCUGAGAGAGGUUGCCAAGUCGAGAUGUGCCACUGUGGGAAUUUCGUUGACGAACAUGAAAACGAAAGCGUUUGUCCACAGGCAGCGAGUGAUCCUCAGAACCGGUAUUUCGGUUUUUUUUGUUUUCAAUUUUGUAGUUACUGGUACUCCCGUAUCAGAUUUCGUUUCGCAGUUUCUCAAUUUUGACUUCUCUGGUGCAGUAAAGAAGCGGUGACUGAAAAUAGGUUCGACGAAAUCUUCCAGCCUUCAGCUGAGGCUUGUGCAAACCAGUUACUGGCAAAAAAUUGGGAACAGCAACCUUUCCUAGUGAAAGGGCGUGGUCGUGUUUAAUAGGGGUAGCUAGCUCCUCCUCGUACAGUUAGUGAAAAUAAAAGCAAACGUACUUUGCCUGGUUGCUCAAUUCUUCGAUUGCAGUUGGUGUGGAAUUGUAAUUGCAUUGCUUUUCUCAAAGUCUAUUUCGUUCACGAAACCAGCGUCCUGUCGAGGCAGCAGUCCAGUGGGUGCUGUAGCUCAAACAAUCAUUCGUUUGAAGAUUAAGAAUUUUGUGUGAAAAGUGAAAAGGUAAUGUCAACUAAACAUGUGCGCGUUGAAAUGUAGGCGAGAAGACUGAAAAGCUUAAAACAGAGAUUUCGUUUCCAGUUUUGUUGUGACUUUGAGGGGGAAAAGAGACUCAUCCUAGUUUACCUUGGGCUUAUUUGAUUGCUCUUUGUAAUUGAUAACAACUCUCCCGUUCUAGGGCUGCGAUGCGAGUAUCAGAGGGAAUGCAGAAGGAGCAAGCUAGUCUUAUAAAGCAGCUGGACAUGCUAAGGUAGGGACACGCGGAACGUCCUCAAGAAGAUAGUUUCUCGGAUAAUCUGUUUUCUAAAUUUGCUGUGGUUCAACUUGAGUCAAAAUCGGUUUGAUACAACUUUCUUUGUGAUGGACAGUUCCCACAGCUUUCUGCUGUCACAUACUGAUUUUUUGGCGCGUAAUCAGUAUGAGUUAGUUGGUCAGAAAGAGGUUGCAGUAAACCUAAGUGUGGAGGGAAAUGUAACAGUGUAAAUCCGGAUCGCCCUAUUUGGGUUUGUUGUAUAUUUUUAUGUCAGUAUGUUUUUUUUGGCUUAUUCUUUAAUAAUACCCUUCUCCAACUCAUUACGUGAGAAAAAUCUAUGACCUUUUACUAUUAAUUUGUGAUCCUGUAUCAAGGACUCAAAAGGGUGUUUUCAUCCGUUUUUCAAACAUCUGAAAAACUCGGCUGUUCUUCACUUGUUUAACCCACCUCUAUGUUUAGAUGUCAGAUGAAAAAGUCCUUAUCGUGAUUGAUAUCUUGCGUGAAACGUUUACGGGCUAUUUUACAUUGCAUGGCAACCAUUUAUAGUGCGCGUUAGCGCUUGUUUGUUCGUAGAAAACGUUGGUUCAGUUCCAAAACGAGAAUCUUCAGGGUUAAAUUCGUCAGUGUCAAAUCGUACUGAACAAACGAAGUAAAACAGCCUUGAGCAAAAAACACGAACACAAUAAAUCACACGAUUCGCAAGUCCAUAAUGCGAAGAAUGUGGAUUUCCAUGUGGCCCUUGUCAUGUCCUCCUACUGUAAGUAACGCCUUAAAAACGUUAUUGUUGAUUUCUUUCAAGGGAUAUGAAUCAGAGACUCAGAGAUGACAAGGACGCCAUUGAAGCCGCGCAUCAAGCGGUGAGUUAUCUUAAAGCAGAUUAAAUGUAGUGAAAAACUUGAUAAACCAGUUGCUCUUUACAAACUGAAAUUAUUUAAUUUUGUGUGAAUUUUUAUUUGGGCGUUUUUAGGAGCGAAAGAGUUAGGGUUAAGGUUAAGGCCUACGUAAGCUCGGAAACACUGUUGCGGUAGCCAUUGUUUCCCUUUGUAGCCACACAAACACAGGCCCCUAACUUGCCGCGUGCUUCCGCGCGCAAGUUUCUUUCGAAAUAGGCGUUUUCCACUUUUAGAAGAAAUUAUUAUUCCGCAACAGCGUUUCCGCGCUUAGCCAGGCCGUUAUUUUACAGCUGUCAAAUUAUUCUGAUUGGAUUACGAUGUGUUAAAAAUGUUUAUCUGUAUCCAUUUCACUGAUCCACGUUCGACUUUACUUUACUUUGUACAUUCAACUUGUAUUUUCCCUUCCUCGCAACCUUUCAUAAAUAAGGUAUGAUCAAGAGUUAACGUCGCUUUUUGUGCUUUCAUGCCUCUUGGUGUAGGCUGUAUGUAUUGUUAUUUUUCAUCAUUGGAAUUAUGGAUUAGUAAAUUCCUCUGAAAAUCUUUUGUAGAUUGAAUUCGAACUAUCCGGAGAGAGAUCCCAUAUUUUGAAGUUUGUAGAAUUACCAUAAUAUAUUUGAGGCGGGGGAGUGCCUCGAUCUGAUGCUCACUGAAACAGACUUAAAUUAUAAACAACGUGUCCGACAAUUAAGCUGAUCCAGUCAUCUUUUAGCAACUAACCUAGUUUUUCGUUGGAAAAGAUUUGCUCUUUGAAUGAAUUCUAUUUAACCUGAUACCAUUCUUUGUUUGGUGCCGUUGUGUGUGCUUUUACAAUGACUGUAUUUGUUGGUAAACUGGCUUUGUGAACAAGGCAAAUUAAUCUCGGUAAAAUUGCUAAAAUUAAACUGCGGUAAAAUGGCGAAACAAAAGAAUCAGUCACGAACGGAGAGCAACAAAGGUACGCUAUCUUUUUAGUAAAGCUGUGAAAGGUUUGAACCCAGGAGUCAUUUCAAGAGUAGGUUGAGUUUGAUCGUCCAGGUGAACUUAGUCCUGAAUAGGACUGUUGUUGUUGACUGUGACUGACGUUUCGACAAUCUUAGUAAAGUUUCUUUGCGUUUUCACGGAAGUCCUGAACUUUGCCUUAAAUAAGACCAGUUUGAUGAAACAGUUUGAAGAAAAUCUUACUUGUUUUAGCGAUCUAUCAGAAAAAAGCCCAAAACUAGUUGUGUUUUUCCGCGCUAUUCACCCGGUACAUUCUUUUACGUCACGCUCCCGCGCUUUUCCCCUUCCACGUAUUCUUACGUCGAGUUCUCGUGCCUUUCCCCUUCUACCUGUUCUUACGUCGGCUUCCCACGAUUUUCACGUGCUACGUAUUCUUAUGUCGAGUUUUUCACUUGGUGCGUUGUCUCGCGUUGAGUUCUCGCUCUUUUUUCCUGCUUCAUUUUCAUACGUCGGCUUCCCGCGCUUUGUACUUGCUACAUUUUCAUGCAUCGAGUUCCCGCGCUUUUUACCUGCUACAACUUUUAACGUCAAGUUCCCGCGCUUUUCACUUGCUACAUUUUCUUAUCAUGAGUUCUGUUAGUUCACUAGACGUUUAUCGUAGGCUGUGAUUGGUCCUGGUAAUUACUUUCAUUUUGGUUUAAAAUCAGCGGUGAACCGAGAGCUUUUCCAACCCAGACUGUCGUUGUAAAAGCACAGAUGUCACUUAAACAAAGACUGGUGAAUACAUGCUAAUAAUAAUAAUUCCUUUUAACUAACUGACUUGUUUUUGCCAAUGCUUACUGCGCAUGUGCGGGAUUCACCUGUGGAUUCUCCUCAGAUGUUAAUGGCUGUAUGUAUUUGAUUUUGUUUUGUUUUCUUUGUUUUUUAAUUGUUAUUUUUUUCCUUCCUUAACCUUUUAUUAAUCUUAACAGCUACCGUAAGACUUUAGUUUAACAUGAAAAACUCACGCUGAAUAAAAGAACUUGACCCUAUAAUAAACUGACAAAUAAAAGCUAAUUCCUUGUUAAUUUGCAACUAAAUUCAUCGAUGGGACACAAAGAGAUGAUGAGCCUAGACUUGGCUGACAGAUUUUUCAAUUAACAAAAUUUUUUAAUAUUUUACGUUUUAUUUCUGAUCGUUUCGUUUUUGUCUCGACUUUCUUUCUGUUGUGAAAAGAAAUCAUGGUGGCGGUGGAUAAUUGUACUUUCUAAACUGAUAUCUGGCAUGAGGCAAUGUAACGCGCGUUAAAAUUAUCUUAAUAAUUAAUAUACCGUAUAAACGUUGAGAAUUACGUUCUUGCUUAAAAAAUAACACUUAAAAACGGUUAUUUCAAGUUGUUUUAAACCCAACGUCUAACCCUGAUGUUAUGGUGUCCAAAUCAUUUGAAACAUCGAUUGAAUUUUAAUGUCAAAUAAACCCCGUAUAAUUCUAAUCGACCAUCAUUUUAACGAUAUUUUUGAUGUUCUUUGUUUAUUCUCUUGAUUUGCUGGUUGAUUAAAAUGUGUGUAAGGAUCAACUGUGGAGAAAUAUGGCGUUGUAGUUUGUUAAUUUUGUAAAGGGGCCUACGAGCUAGGGAUCCCUAGGGAACCGUAAAAAGAAAAAUAAUAAUGUUAGCAAAUUCCAAGGAUAAAAGACAGUCAAUAAGCGAUAACUUUAACUAACAUAUAGGGAGAAAUUCGUUCACGCACAUCAUGAUUUAAAGUAAAUGAUGUCAUAAAUGCUACUUAUUAAACAGAAAAGAGAAAGAGGAUAUGGCAGUCUUAGUGAUGAAAUUGAAGAGGCCGAGGUAAGAAAUUCAGUAUAAACUAACUAAAUAAAUAAAUGAAAGCAAACGAGUAACACCUCUGUAAAUCAUCUAAAGUUAUAUUGCUAUGUUGUUAUGCUUACUGCCUUUAAAAGUUUGCAAAUCACAAAGGCUAAAGUAACAAACAUAAACCUAAAAGAAACUUUUAGUUCUAAUGUUUGAUGCUGUAAUCCAUGGAAGUCUGACCUCCAUAAUGCAUUAUAUUGUAUAAGUUUCAGCAUUAAUAAACGACACAAAAAAGAAAAGAAUUAAAACAUAUAAAAAUCAACUAAUUGUUCUGAGUUCCUUUUUCACCUCUGUCCUUACCCCUGUAUCUGUUGUACCUCUUUCGUACUUUUUUCCCGUACGUAAUUUUUCGAAAAAUGAAUCAAAAUUGCUUAAUUUCCAACCGAAGGCGAGAGUCAAUGGUUUUUGUGUCUCAAAAUCCCCCCACUCUCCCCUACACAAAUUGGAUUUGUAUGCGCGAGCCAACAUGCGCAGAAAGUCAUCACCUUGUCGAUAUUUGGCAGGCAUCUCUUUUGCACUCUCCGUUCUCUCCCCAUUUUCCCACUCGUUCUCUAAAACAGGACAGUGAAGCCUGCGGCGGAGGCUAGGNUAAAUGCUACUUAUUAAACAGAAAAGAGAAAGAGGAUAUGGCAGUCUUAGUGAUGAAAUUGAAGAGGCCGAGGUAAGAAAUUCAGUAUAAACUAACUAAAUAAAUAAAUGAAAGCAAACGAGUAACACCUCUGUAAAUCAUCUAAAGUUAUAUUGCUAUGUUGUUAUGCUUACUGCCUUUAAAAGUUUGCAAAUCACAAAGGCUAAAGUAACAAACAUAAACCUAAAAGAAACUUUUAGUUCUAAUGUUUGAUGCUGUAAUCCAUGGAAGUCUGACCUCCAUAAUGCAUUAUAUUGUAUAAGUUUCAGCAUUAAUAAACGACGCAAAAAAAGAAAAGAAUUAAAACAUAUAAAAAUCAACUAAUUGUUCUGAGUUCCUUUUUCACCUCUGUCCUUACCCCUGUAUCUGUUGUACCUCUUUCGUACUUUUUUCCCCGUACGUAAUUUUUCGAAAAAUGAAUCAAAAUUGCUUAAUUUCCAACCGAAGGCGAGAGUCAAUGGUUUUUGUGUCUCAAAAUCCCCCCACUCUCCCCUACACAAAUUGGAUUUGUAUGCGCGAGCCAACAUGCGCAGAAAGUCAUCACCUUGUCGAUAUUUGGCAGGCAUCUCUUUUGCACUCUCCGUUCUCUCCCCAUUUUCCCACUCGUUCUCUAAAACAGGACAGUGAAGCCUGCGGCGGAGGCUAGGCGUGCUCGUAUUUAUUGCGUGGCUCCGAUAAUAACGAUCUCACAAUACACGGUCUCAUACACAGUCCCCCUCGGUUUGAAAUUAGGCAAUGUUCUCUAUAUUGUCUCGUUACUCAUAAAGACUCUUCAAUGGAGGUCGAAAAGGCUUUCAAAUGAUUAUUAUCUUGGGCCUUAUCUCCUGAUAACAAUUUUUUUGAUCGGUAUCAGGCCCUUCCCUCGUUCCCAGAAAUGUUCCCAAAAAAAUUCUAUUUGCACCCGUCUUCGUAGAAAUUCAAUAUUUUUUGAGGAAGGAAGGAGAGAGAAUCCUACCGAUUUACGUUGAUUGUUCUAACUCUUUUGACCUCCAUUGUAGUCACAAGCCUGUAGAAAAUUAGUUCUAGCAUCACAGAAUAGUACACCCCCCGGAAAUUGAACUCAUUCAGUUAAACAACUUUCAUAGAAUCAUUCCGAUCAUCGCUUGGUCAAUUGUGAACGGUCACACCCGAGGACGUUAUCAACGGCGCCAUUUUCAUCGUUGGCAUAAACAAUUACCAUGAACAAAUACUGUUUAGUACCUUUCGUUUGUUCACAGUUUUUUCACUAUGAGACCAAGAAGAAUGUUAUGUAUUUAACAAAAGGAUCGUUCACAGGAGGCUAGGUGUAAAAGUUUUGGGCGAUUUCUUCCUAUUUAGUUGCGCUUUAUGACCGUAUCUUUAUAGAAUAAGACCAAAGUGCCUCGGCAGGGCUCGCAGAUGUCCAAGUACAUAAAGAAAAGACGCAGCCCUGGCGCCGAAGAUACAUGGGGCCACCAGGGAUCAGUGGAAUCGCUCAGCGGAGAUGACAUUGAUGGGCCUAAUGAUAGAAGGUUUGUUGGAGGUCAAGAUGUUAUUUAUGUCUUUUUUUUUUUCGCCGACUGUGGUUGAUAAAAGGUGUGUGUGGUUGUGUAAGGUGGCGGGGGGGGUUUAAGGGGUUGGUGUUAUUUUUGUGGGAGAUCCGUAUAGUAAAGUCAGAUUCGGAGUCUUCUUCUUUCGUGAAAAAGUCAGUGGCAGAACUUGAUGGCGUCCCUUCGUCUCUUGUGUCUUCCGCACCUCGCCGCUCGCGAGUGGAAGAAAAGUUUAAGAGAUGCCCACAGCCUUGAGUUCUCGGAGACAGAUAGGAGAGCGUUGAAGCAAUUAUGUUACACGAGUUUCACUGCGCGGGUACGGAUAAUUUUACCAAUCUACCGGGUAGAGUUAAUGUAACAUUUGGGAAAACUUGGUCCUGUUUAACAUACACACAUUGCGACCAUGUUCCCCGAAUCUAACCCUUCGGCAGAAAGGGUGUAUCUUAAGGUCCCCAGUAGCACUAGUCUUCAAUGAGGACGUUCUUGCUUCCAGAAUUUAUUUCUUCCCCACCCCUAUCCCUCGUUGUGUUUUAACGAGGUCGUGAAAAUGUUCCAGUGCCGAAACUGAAUACUACAGGAUGUCAACAAGUAUUGGUAGUUAGCGGGAGGUGGUGAUUAGAGUCUCCCAGCCCUCAGCUAAAAGGGCACCAUUAAACUCUCUUGCUUGAGUUUAUGAGCAUGUUCUGUUUCGAACGUUAAGGAAGUCGUAGCGAAAAAGCUAGAACAUCAGAUCUUUUAAAAUUUAAUUUCAGGUAUAAUUUUGUAGUUACAAAAUUUUAAUGAAUGGGAAAAUAAGCCUAACCUCUGAACAGAAAUAUUUUCGAGUAUAUAUAUGAAAAUAAUUUUUUCGUAGUGAAGGCAUAGUUCAUUAAAUUACUAUUACAUUCAAUAAAACCCUUAAAAAGUAUCGUUAAACGUUUUUAAGAUCUGUCUUAGGUAGUUUAAUCCAGUACUAUUUAAUAUUUCUUGUCUGAUUUCUUUAAAUUUGAACUUCAUAAUUUCAUAUCGGUACAUCUUAAACUUUUCUUCAACCUGUUUUAAACCCGUUUUAAGUGAAAGUGCUCCAUCCAGAAGGCGUUCUAAACGGCGUGACAUCAAGAAGCAAGGCUCCGUUAUGUACUCUUAUUUUGGCUCAAAAAGCAACGAAGGGUGAGUUAAUUUGAUCAGCAUUCCAUUUCUCACGAUAAUGCCUUCUAUGAACAUUGCCGAUCUUAGUAAUCAAACAGAACAAAACUAAUUUUAAAUGAAGAGGCCGACAUCGGGAAGUGCUAUACAGAAGGGUUCGCAAUUAAAAAUAGAAAAUAAAAUUAACAUUUACAUAAAUAACAAACAUUAAGUAUAAAAAAGUAAUCAACUAUCAGUAAAUAAGAAUAAGGGAAAAUCUGUCACUAAGGUAUUUAAAGGGCCCUUCAAAAUAUUAUAAGCAGACGCACACUAACGUCAUUGCAAGAGUGUAGAAAAACAACGUAGUGUUGAUAAGGAGUUAUGCAAAAAAGUACCAUUUUUCUAUACAGGAUAAGCGAAAGGGAGACGUUAUCUAAAACUGCUAUAAUAACAGGGAAAGAGACAGGACCUCUGGGCGAAGCCUUCCCGUGAAAACAUUUUUUAAGUACAUCCCCAAGCCCCCUUGUCUCCCUCGCAGCCGUUUUUGGAUGUCACGCAACGUGGCGUGACAUCCAAAAAAACGGCUGCGAGGGAGACUACAAGCCCUCUAGCUCCCCCGAGUGAUGAACAUUUCGAAGUUUCUUGUGCGUACCUUGACGAAAAACGUUAUGGUUAUUAACACAAUUAUUCAAUAUAAUGAAAGAACUACACCACUUACAACUUGUUACUUUUUUUUCACCUAACGACCUUAAGACAUUUUAUGGUGGAUUUUAGUGUUAAUUCGUUUUACUGUCUAUUUUAUAAGAGGUUAUUGUCUACGUACCUGAAAAGGUUGUCUGCGUUUCUUACGAGAGGUUUAACAUUAAGGGNAUGGUUAUUAACACAAUUAUUCAAUAUAAUGAAAGAACUACACCACUUACAACUUGUUACUUUUUUUUCACCUAACGACCUUAAGACAUUUUAUGGUGGAUUUUAGUGUUAAUUCGUUUUACUGUCUAUUUUAUAAGAGGUUAUUGUCUACGUACCUGAAAAGGUUGUCUGCGUUUCUUACGAGAGGUUUAACAUUAAGGGUGUUAGUGGUGAAAUUGCCGGGACGGAAGGGUUCGACUCACGUCAUAACUAUACGAAGGCGUGGCAGUCUAAGAUUUUAACGAAUUAAAAUUGUUUUCUCAACCUUAGGUCUGUGUCUUUUCCAAACUCUAUUCGAGAAGAAGCCGAAUUUGAGGGCGAUCCUACACUAGAACUUAUAUCGGACGAGAAAGCGCAAGAAAUGGAAAGACCGGCAUGGGCCAAAAAAAUAUUGUUCGCCGUUCAACCUAAAGGUUAGCAACGUUCUUAACACUUUUUGACGAUGGCCAUCAUGUAUCUAAAAAAACAUAUUUUUGACCCUUCUUUUCGGACUGCCUUUUUUUUUGGCCAGUUAGAAUGGAAAUGCCUGAAAGAGACAUUUCCAACACAAAGGGCAUCACUUCAGCCAACUGAAUGUAAUUUAAACACUUUUUUUUCUACUAUUGACAGAACUUCUCUGUAGCUUUCCCGUGAAAGGCCAUAUUUUACUUCGCACUGUUAUGGUCAGUGAAAGCCUGGCGAAGAGAACUUGGUUUGGGGUUGGCGUUCUAUUAAGUCUUUCACUUUUCAGUCGUUGUAACAGCGUUGUUCCAUGACUACCCCAAUUAAACAACGUAAUAAAUACUUUCAGAAGCUGCGAUCGAGGACAAAGAAGGCCAGUUGAAGGCUAGUGAUGAAGAACUUGAUGAGGAUGUGUUUAGAAAAAGGAAAGCCGAGUUAAUAUCCGGUGCAAGUGAGUGAUAACGUUAGACUUUUGUACACAGGAGUCCUUUUAUUUGUGUGAAGCGUAUACAAACGGAAGUGUUUACAGCUUCUGUCAACAUGUGAACCAAGUAACGAUCAACGCCCGUGGAUUCUGAAGUAGACUGCGGGUUGUCUCGUCCCUUCUUUCAAAGUUACUGGGGGUUUGUCGCGUAACACGCGAGAAGUGAGUGCGUUAGCGGGGAGGUAGCUCUCGUUUCUCACAGCCGCUCGCGUAUUUAGUGAACAAAAAUAGAAACAAACUCAAAGGAACUCCUGUGGACAUAGCCUAAGAUCGCACUCUAAUUAUAAGAGGGAAAUUAAACUCUAUGGCCGGAUUGGUUGCACUUGUUUUUAAGCUUCACUUUUCUUUGUUUCCUAUUAAUGUGGUUAUGUAGGUCCAGCACGCGGCAGAUUACAAGAAGUUAGAGAAGAAUCCGACAUGUCUUUGUCCACUGAAGACAUAAGUGACGGGAAUGGCAGUGCAUCUGAUGACAGGCCUUCCUCUCCACGUGCAGCUCCUGUUGGCAAAGAUAACGAAAUGUGUCGCACAGUAUCCGUAAGUAGAACUGAAGCUUUACCCUGCCUAACAUUUAAUUAAAUUUUACUGGACAGAAGGUCAGCAAGGUAAACUCCAGAUCUCAUUCUCCCUGCCGCCAUGUUGUUUUACGAUUUUUACCACUGUCGUAGUUACUUAUAGUAAUGUUAGGUGACAUAUAGUGACAUGCUAGGUGAAAAUGUUUUAAAAAAGGGAUUUUUCCUAUUAGUCUACAAUGAGACGGCAGUAUUACCUUCAACGGCCCCUCAACCUCAUUUCCAGGGUUCUCUCAGGGGUCGAGGAGGAGCCUCCUACUUCUCCUGAGAAACCUGGGAAGGAGGUUGCACAGUCAUCUACUUGCUUCUUCCGAUCAAUUUUAGUUUGGGACUGAAAAUUUGACUCAGCUUUAGUUUCGCGCGAUGACUUGUACUGUCCAUUUACAAAGGUAUCGCUCGUAAUUUAUAUGAUGCUGACAUUACUUAUUUUUUGUAUUAAUCUUGCACCCUAUAGCAGGAUAUGAGUGAAGCUGGUGUGUCAGUCGUUAGCGAAGCAUCCACUCCAGAGAGAGUGUUCAAAGUGGUUUUUGUCGGUGACUCCGGUGUUGGCAAAUCAAGUUUUAUUCACCGGUUUUGUCACGAUACAUGGAAACCCUCAUUCACCGCAACCAUAGGUAAAUAGAAUAAGCAAGUAAACAAAUACAAAAGGACUCUCAGCUUUAACACCAGUAUUAGGUAUUUCUUUGAAAAAACUUAAGCGGGAAUGACAGUUAAACGCCUUUUUUUGUUAUACCCGAGCAAUUUUACUUGAAAAUGUCGUCAAAAUGUCAUUCGAUUUUAAAAAUAAAUCACUCAUCCUGAAGUUCUUGGAACGAUCAGUUUUUGAGAAUUUUUGGUUGAGAAUUUUUUGUAGGAUAUUUGUAAUCAAUAAAAGUUUAAAGGGCAAAUGUUAAAAGUUAUGGAAAAUGGGGAAAUAUUGGAUUUAAGGGUAGUUAAAAAUUAAAAUUUGAAGUGAAUAAUUAAUAGAAAAACACCAGUCAGUCCACCAGCAGAACAAGGUGGCCCUGAGCCAAUUAGCAGACCAACUGGUUUACCUGUAUACCCUCUUCUAUCCUUCCUUCUUUCAUUCUCAAUUCAACCCCAAUUCCCCCAAAUUUCAACUAUAAUCCCCCCCUUAAAAUGGGCCUGUUUUAUUGACAGUUGACCGUCAGAGCAUAAAAAAACUUCUCCUAAAUCAUUUACAACUUUUAAGCUUGAAUUUUCUGGUUUUUGUCUUUUGACCAGAGCUCAAACAUUCUUGUAUUCUUGCCAGUCCACCAAAGCAGAAAGUGAAGCAUGAUCGCUAAUAAAGAAGGAUCAAUUUAGGUUUUGGGAAACUGACCACCAACCCCUCGCCUAAGUCAACUUUCUGCCCUAAGUGAGAAGUAAGUGUUAAUGUUAGCUUAGGGGAGGGGUGGGUGGGCAGUUUCCCAGAACCUAAAUUGAUCCAUAAAGAACUUAGGUGUUGUGUUAUAAAAGAUUUGUGUUGUAGGUUUACACGUGAUUUUCAAAAGGGAAUGCUGCGUUUAAGUAAGAAAAUUAAUAUUACAAAACCUUUCGGCAUACCUUUCCCACCACGAAUAUUAUAAACCUUUCCAUGUGAGAGAGAGGUCUGUAUAAUGCAAUGUCGGGCACUGAGCAGGCGGAUAUUUGGCCUUCGCCGUAGACCAUCCAGCCUUACCUAGCCUCAGAAAACAGCCGAUAAUUGGCGACGCUACCACUGGUUUCCCCGCCAAAUGACGUCUGAGAAACGAGCGCAGAAAUUCCAUACUGAUGACGCGUCACUACCCAGAUCUGGGUAGUGCUUCUGAUUGGUCGUGCCGCGCGAGAAAAUUGAUUCAACCAGUCAAAAGCACCACCCAGGUCUGGGUAGUGACUCGUCAUCAGUAUGGAAUUUCCGUGCUCGUUUCUCAAACGUCAUUUGGCGGGGAAACCAGUGGUAGCGUCGCCAAAUGUCGGCUGUUUUCUCAGGCCAAACCUUACCUUGUGACCUUAUUUUUAAUUGCUUUCUGUUUCAGGUGUCGACUUCCAAAUCAAGACCAUGAAUUUAGAAGGCAGAUGUAUUGCACUUCAGCUCUGGGACACCGCUGGGCAAGAAAGGUACUCAUUAGGUUUUCAGACAAAAUAGGCGUUCAUACAGUAGCCUGUGAACGCAGCCAUAUUCCGGUUGUCGCUUCUCUCCACCCCAAGAUUUGGACAAAACAUUCCAUCUCAAAUACGAACAACUUGUCCUGAUAUAAUCCCAAUGCCCCAGCUGUUGAAAAGGCGGAUAGUGCCAUCCAAUGGAUAAAUCUUUAUCUAAUAGCUAACGCAAUUGCCUUCCAUAAAACUUAUCCGCUGGAUAAUUAAUAAUCCGGUGGAUAGCGCUAUCCAAUGUUUGAACAACCGGGGCCAUUUGGUUUUACGUAUCCAACCAGAACAUAAUGCAUUAUUGAGAUCUAUAAAAUCGGCCAAUGAACGCGCAGGUCUUGUAAGGAAAAUUCAGCAAUGACGAUGGCGGCGGCAUCGAGAACUUAAAAAACGCAAUAGUUUCGAUCAGCAAGGCAACAAAUCUGCUCGCAUGCCACACAUUUUGGUGCUUUAACUGCCUUGCUCUCUGUCUCACUCUUUACAAACUUUGGUGCGGCCCCCAUGCCAAGGAUUCGACUCCAGGAAAAUUUACCAGGAUUUUACCUACUGAAAGAGUUGUAAUGAUCCCAACUUAGUUUAAAAUUUCACAAUUUCUUUGUUUUAGCGACGUUUCGCUGCCGCCGUCGUUGUUGAUACUCAGAUUCCUAUCAAAAUGUGACAAAGGUCUUUGAGAUCCAGUCGAGUUAUUAUGAAACAAAUUAAAUUUCUUCUUCUCUUAUCUACGUUGCAGAUUCCGAAGUAUCACAAAACAAUAUUUUAGAAAGGCAGAUGGUGUCAUUGUAUUUUAUGAUGUUACCAUGGAGACGUCCUUUUUAAACAUCAAGAACUGGAUGAUAAGUGUCGAGGUAAUAAGAUGUUUAAAACAAGAGCAACAAGCAAACAAAAAAGUUUCUCGAUUUCAUAGUACUCUUAUAGGCCUGUGUUUCUUGAACUUCCAAGCUAGUCGGUUACAGUGGAACUUUUCCUACCGGAAAUCUCGAUAAUACUAUCCUCGCCUCUCCAUUACAGACGGUUCAUUUGGUCCCAAAGAUACCAAUGACAUACAGUCCCUACCUCUCGAAUUGCUGGUUUCGGCCCUAUUGGUGGGGAAGAGCCAAGGCAUAACUAAACUCCAUUAUUUAUCAAAAAUUUGUCGAGAGAAAUUUUAUUGUAUAGACCACCAAAAUGGCCUCUAUUGGUCAAAAAGUGUGGAUGUAGAUUCAGUUCAAAGCAUAAAUCCCAGUUCAGUAGUUAUGACUUCCAACGAGACCAUCCAAGGGUAAUUUUACAAUCCGAAAACUCUUCUCUGACUCCUCUCUAUUUAACCUGUUGUAGGCCUCUAAGAUAGUAAUGUGUGGAGAUCGCGAAGACUAAUGCGAAAAACGAGCAGGGACUGGUGAUAGAGGAAGCCUCUCUAUUAUGGCAGUCCCCUUGAUCCCAAAAUACCAAACUUUAUACAAUUUAUACCUCUGUACGUAUACGUCAAUGUGGACACUUGGCACUGUCCCUCUUGUAUCAGUCCGUAUUAAGAAAGUUUGACUGAAGUGACAAGCAUCAGAUUGCAUUUUUUAAACAACAUGUUUUACUCAAACAUCAAGGUCGUAAUGACGAUUGAUUAUGAAACAGAUUCUAUCCAUCAGGCCCCAGUUGUUCAAAGAGUUUAUAAUACUUAUCCGCUGGAUAGUGAUUUAUCCGGUGGAUAGUCCUAUCCAGUGUUUCAACAGCCAGGGCCAGUACCAUAAAAACUGUGCAGGGAACAGUAUGAGAAGUAUGCAUAUUGAUAUUACGGCUUAGAGUUUUGAAACUGUUUUCUUUUUCCUUUGUGCAGGAAGGAACAGACGAUGGAACAGCGAUUAUGAUCGUUGGUAACAAGGUUGAUCUCUACGAGGAAGAUAGCGAGAGACCAGUUACAACUCAAAAUGGAAAGAAAUUAGCAGAGGUAUGAAUAAUGCAUGUCUUUGAUAACUUAACGGAAUAUUUCGGAAUGUCGGUUGAACUGUGCUUGCACGACGGCGUUGUCCGAGAAACGUAUUUGGCGACCUGUGUCGCAUAAGUACCAACUAUAGUGCUUUUACACUGCCGUCCUCUGGUUACUUAUGCAGUUUAGCCAAAUUCGGCCAUAAAGACCUGACCGCCAAACUGAGCGAAAUAGAAAAAUAACCCUUGAAAAACAUUGUUAAGGAAGUAAAGGAACAAAGCCAAUUCAAAAGAAGCCAAGGAAGGACAAAAUUUAAGAAGAACAAAGUGGUUUGAAUUUUGGACUUUUAAAUACGUGCAUUCCAACCUGUUUGUUUGUGAUCUGUUUAAAUCAGGAGAUAUGCGUGUUUGUUAUGAGGCUGUGAUUUUCUCAUUUAGGAGCUAUUUCUUUGCUGACGUUAAAUUACUAGCGAGCGAUUGGCAAAAUUAAGCAAAAUAGGCAAACCUUCAGUGACACAGGCUCUUCAAGUCUUUGAUGAUAGGCAAAGCUAAUCAAGGGAAAUAAACACUGCGGGAAACUUGGACGCUUUUUUAUUUCCUCCUCAUUGUUACUGUUUAUCGACUUUUUUAUUAAUCAGUUGGGUUCCUCAAAUUUGGUGGAAACAAAUGUCGACUACUUGGCUUGUAUUGCUAUUUCCAACUUAGUAUUACUGUUUUAAGUACUGCAGUUGACACUGUUUGUUGUUUUAUAGGAGUACAAAGCCUUGUAUACAGAAACAAGCGCUAAAACCGGUUACAAUAUCCAAGAAUCGAUGGCAGAAUUUUCCAAGUAAGUAACCAACAACUUACAUUAGAUGUGCGAAAACUUUUCUCUUCCAUUACGUAGCAUGGACCUUGGGAAAAAGCCAUUUUUUCACUCUCGGGGAGGCAAGACGACUCCGGUACCGAACUUUUCGGAUUUGUCACGAAUCCGGGAAAAUUCCCAGGCUAGUAUAGCCUAUAGCCUUUAUCAGCCAACCAGUCCUGUGGCCCGAAGAUGUAAAAUAUUCGCGUCAUUGAUAGGCCAGAGUGGUUAUCGUGGUUCAGAUUUUAUCACAGUCAUCUGAAAGCUAAGCCACUUUAGUUGUUAUGUCAGUUGAGAUUUACUUAAAUGAAGCAGCUAAAGAAAAGUGAAUAUUUUUCGGAUAGACUCGAAAGUUCUAACCCUUUCAUCGCAUUUAUCUUCAGAAUGUUGCAAGUGCGUGAAGAUGAGUUAAUGCAGAGUGUGCUGAACCUUGUUCCAGAACAACCCAACAAGAAGAAAUGUUGCAAGUAA